UUUCAGCUCUCAUGACCCACACGUCAUGUUCUCCUGAGAGCCGGCAGAAAAGCAGGCAGCGGAUUCUGGAAUGAACUCUGUGCUGUGAAUAAGGAAGUCCUGGAUGUUUACCGUCAGGAGCUUUAAAGGCAGGGAGAGCAGCUGAGGGUCACAGUGAAGCUGUGAACAUGAAGCUGCUGCUGGGUUUGUGUUCGGCUCUGCUGCUGGUUCUGGUUCUGACUGGAAGAUGCUCGGCACAGACGCCGCAUCGAUGCCGAACGCCAGCGCUGCUGUCCGGCAGUAUGAGCGUGAGCGCUCGAGAAGGGCAGGACUGGGCAAUUGCUAAAUAUCGUUAUGAUGCUAUCGGCCAGCGCAUCAGGUUAUGGGAGUUUGGUCAAGUUGACAGCAAGUCAUUCCACGCAAAUAUGCUGUUCCUGUUUAGAAAGGCUGUGGUUUACACCAUCGACUACAGGAACCGGACGUGUCAGAAGAAUCCUCUCCACACCGCCUUCCACCCCUCACACAUCCCCCAUAAUGCCUCGCUGCUGUCGCAGGUGAUUCUGGGAGGGUCGUCUGCACCAGGUGAAGGUCUGCUGGUCAACACCUGGACGGGAGACGUCCCUGAGACUGGAGGUAAAUAUCUGGCCACAGUCACAGAGUUCGGAUGCAUCCCGGUGUCGACGCUUUACUACACGGAGAAGUCUGGAUGGGUCGUUACAACCUAUUUUAAUGCCGUGAAGGGGAUCGAGGACCCGGAGCAGUUCUUUCCUCCUCCAUUCUGCACUGAUGCAGACACUGAAGAGGAAGAACUCGAUUUCUUCAGCGCCUUUUUCUGAGACAUCGGUUUAACGCACCGUUACACUCAUUUUAUGAUGAUUUUAACCACUCUGAACCAAUGAUCGUUUUCAGAAUGCUUUUGUUAACGGUUUCGUUUUAAAUGCUGUUGCUGGUCUUUGUCAUUUGUGCACUUAAUGCAUAUACGAUUAAAAGCACUUUUAUCAUUUACAAAAUGGAAAAUAAAGUUUUUUUCUCAAACACUAAA